AUGGUUUCGGAAGACAACACAACCCCUCCAUCAACAUCGAAUGCAGAUGUAGAUCUCGAAAAUGGAAGGCGAUCAAGGCCAAGGCAGCGAAGCAAAUCGACGUCUGAAUCAUCCUCGGAUUAUGAAGAAGAAGAGAAGGAUCUUCAUCAUGACGGUCACCGUCCAUCGCGGAGAGAGCUUCAUGAAAGCAUCUCGCGCUCACGCAGCACACGGAGCUUAGCACGAGACAGGACAGUAACAGCGACCGCGAGUGGUAUGAACCAGCCAUUGGGCGACACAAUUUCCAGGCGCGACACAAUACUUUCACGAAUUCGUACACGACCGAAUGUUGCACCAUUCUCCCAUCCUCUAGCACAUCAACAGACGAAAGCAGAUGUGCUGGUAGACUUCGAUGGCGAUGACGACCCAUACCGACCGAUGAAUUGGCCUACUAAGAAGAAGGUGACUACGACGCUGAUGUACGGCUUUACGACUAUGAGCGCGACAUGGGCAUCUUCUGCAUAUUCGGCUGGCACACGACAGAUAGCAGCCGAGUUCAAUGUUGGAAAUCAGGUAGCUGUGUUGGGUACUACGCUCUUCCUCUUCGGAUUCGGCCUUGGUCCGCUAUUGUGGGCGCCACUCUCCGAAGUCUAUGGGAGACGACUAGCAGUCUUGACGCCUAUGCUUGUCGCGAUCUGCUUUAGUUUUGGUAGCGCAGUAGCAAAAGACUUCCAGACGCUAAUGAUUACUCGAUUCUUCGGUGCCUUCUUUGCUAGCGCACCAGUCACAAAUACUGGUGGUGUCUUGGGAGAUCUUUACAGUCCCGCAUGGAGAGCUUUGGCGAUGGCCGGCUAUGCGAUGGCAGUGGUCGGAGGUCCAUGUCUGGGACCUAUCGUAUCGGCGGCCUUUGUCGCCAAUCCUUCAUUAGGCUGGCGAUGGACCGAGUACUUUACCGGAAUUCUUCAAGCAACUAUUCUCGUCAUCGACGUUCUCUUCAUUGACGAAUGCUACCCACCAAAACUUCUCGUCUACAAAGCGCGUCGCCUGCGCCAUGAGACAGGAAACUGGGCGCUCCACACCAAGUUCGAAGAGUGGGAUGUUAGCAUCAAAGAGUUGUCUAAGAAGUUCCUUCUACGACCGAUACAACUUCUCAUGACACCCAUCUGUUUUCUCGUAGCACUUUACGCCAGCUUCUGCUAUGGCAUCCUUUACAUGCAACUAGGUGGCAUUCCGAUUAUUUUUGGGGAAAUAAGAGGCUGGCCAGCUGUAAGCGCGACACUGCCAUUCCUGGGCAUCUUAGUCGGCGCGAUAAUCGGUUGCAGCAUCAAUGCCUAUAAUCAGAUUCUGUACAACAAGGUCUACCAUGCAGCUGGAGAUCGCGCGGUGCCUGAAGCACGUUUGCCGCCGAUGAUGCUUGGAUCUGUACUCUUCUCCGCUGGUCAAUUCAUCAUGGGAUGGACUGCGGAUCCACAGUAUCCUUGGAUCGCUCCUGUCAUCGGUCUCGUGUUGAUGGGAACCGGUUUCUUCACCAUCUUCCAAGCUGCUCUAAACUACUUAGUUGACACUUUUACAUUGUAUGCAGCGAGUGCAGUAGCGGCGAACACCUUUCUUCGAAGCGCUUUUGCAGGCGCUUUUCCAUUGGUUGUCACGCCAUUAUAUCAUAACAUUGGAGUUGGUCCCGCAAGUAGCAUUACCGGUGGUUUCGCAGCACUGCUUAUCCCAGUGCCUUUUGUGUUCUACAUAUACGGGAAACGGAUCAGGCGGUCAAAGCUUGCACUAGGCAACAGAAUUCGUGCUCACACCAUGCUUCCUCACACGGCGGAGACAGAAAAGGAUCCGGACGUCGGCAUAGGCCAGUAUAACAAGCUGUACUUUGAACGAGAGCGCAUCGAAGAUACUUAG